UGCUCUCCCAUCAAGAUCCUGAGAUCCAUGUUCAGUCUUCUAUUUCUCGUGAAGCUUUUGCUUCCUUAAUGAAAAAUAGACUUUAGUUAGAUCCGGUUUUGCUAUUAUCGAUGGUAUCAUAGAAAUAUGAUGCAUAUAGACUUUUGCUUAGGUGCAAGAUUUUUGUUGUUCUUUAAUGAAAAAUAUAUGAGUGAAUUUGAAGAUCAUCAAUCAAAACAUAGAGCCAAUAGGUUUCCCCAAAAGCUCAUUUGGAUCUAGACACAAAGUUUGAUGUAUCUUAUUUAACAAUGGCUAAUAUAGAGUCAAUGACUGUAGUGGAAAAUAUUCACUUUUAGUGGGAAAAGAAUUUAAGCACUUUACUUGUGAUGUUAUACUUGAUGAUAAGAUUCAAUAUAUCACUUUUAAAAUUUAAAACAAAGAUACAAAAUAUUUGUAUAAAUAUACCAUGUUGAUAUACUUAAUAUUGUUAAUAAUAUGUUUUCUAAAACUUAUAAAUGAGAAAUUUUUACAGAUGAAAGUGUACAACACAACAUGAUAGUCAGUAUUUUUUUUCAAUAUAUAGCAUGAAAUAAUAUAAAAUGAUCAUAGAAUUAUAAUUCAUUAACUAUGAUAAUUUGAGAAUACUUUUUUAUCUUAUAGUUACUAUUUUUAAUAAGACUUUCUAUGAUAAAUAUAUAAAUUACAUAUCAAAAUACUUAGAAAUAUGUAUAACAUUAUUUAUGAUAUAUUAUUUUUAUAGACUUAUAGUUGAUUAAAUACUAGGUUAUACUCCACCUUAUGUAGAUACAAUUUUAUGUUCUAUAUAUAUUAUUAUGAAUAUAUUUAAAAUAAUUACAUAGUUACUGAAUGUAGAAUUGUAAAAACAAAACAUUUAAUUCUAAAUUUGCUUUACUAAAAAGGUGUGUGUUUACAUAUAAGAACUUAAUAUAGGCCCAAUUUGAAUAUAAGAAAAUAAUAGGCCCAGAUAAAAAAGCCUAUAGUUUCAUUAGCCAGCUCCGCUUUUAGACUUCCAGUCUCCAUAGAAACAAUGCAGAUCGUGUUAGACUUCUCCUCCGCCUUUCCCCACCCACGCGCCGCCGCAUUAGCCACCACCUCCACAUCCAGUAUCUCAAUUUCACAUUCUCCGGCGAUAAAAUUUCACUCUACGAACGUAUCUCCCUCCUCUAAACUACUAUUAGCUUCCUCUUCUUCUUCUCGUAGAUGUUUCAUCUGUCGAUUUGACAACAAUUCUCCGCGGUUUGAUUCCAGCGACGACGAUUAUUAUAACGAGGAUGAGAGUGAAACCAAUGAAGAUGAUUGUUUGAUCGAAUGCUUGGCAGAUGGGAAGACGGAGGAUGGGGUGGUUCUCAUCUCGGUGGAGAAGCUCGAGAAGAGCUCGCGGCGGAUACGCUCGAAGGUUGGAAUUGAAGCGAGUCUCGAUGCCGUGUGGAGCGUGUUGACUGAUUACGAGAAGCUGUCGGAGUUCAUACCGGGCCUUGUCGUCAGCGAGUUGGUCGAGAAGGAAGGCAACCGUGUUCGUCUUUUCCAGAUGGGACAGCAAAGCAUCGCUUUGGGUCUUAAGUUUAAUGCCAAAGCUGUUCUAGAUUGUUUCGAGAAGGAGCUUGAGAUUCUACCACAUGGGAGGAGACGUGAAAUCGACUUUAAGAUGGUAGAAGGAGAUUUUCAAUUGUUUGAAGGCAAAUGGUCCAUUGAACAAUUAGACAAAGGGGAGGCUUCGGACUUACAGUUUAAAGAUUUUCCGACAACGCUUGCAUACACUGUGGAUGUAAAACCAAAGAUGUGGUUACCGGUACGGCUAGUUGAAGGAAGAUUGUGUAAUGAGAUAAAAACAAACCUUUUGAGUGUUCGAGAUGCAGCUCAGAAAGUCAUUGAAGGUGUUAUUCAUGAUCUUUGAGUUUUUUGUUCCUCUUAAGACCAAGUUGAAGUAGUGUUUGUAC